AUGGAUGUAAUGUCCAGGAUAAUACCCACACUAAAUCAAAAAAUUUGGUUAGAACACGACAUCAAACGCAUUGAACAGCUAUAUGAUGGGGGGAAAAUCAUGCAAUUCCCGGCACUACAAACCGUGUACAACCUCCCAAGUAAGAUGCUGUUUCCGUACCUGCAACUUAAGUCAUGCCUACAACACACCCGACCCCAAACACUACACGAUGAACCUCUCCAGGAAUUAUCUACCUUUGAAAAAAUCUGCACAAACGCACUACCCCCCAAAAAAGUGAUAUCACUGUGCUAUAAAGCCUUGAUCCACUCCCAGACUAACAUUAAAAUCACGUAUAAACAUGCAUGGCACAAAGAACUGAACCAAACAAUCAGCGAGGAACACUGGACAAAAGCAUACUCAUCACACAGAGGCAUCACGUCAUGCACUAAUCAUUUAGAACUCCAAAGGAAAAUUCUAUAUCGCUGGUACCUGGUACCAGAGAGGAUUCACAAAAUAUGGCCACAAUCCUCCACGAAUCAAUGCUGGAGGUGCAAGCAACAGGUGGGAACGAUGUUACACACAUGGUGGUCCUGUGAUAUCAUACAACCAUUCUGGCGCAAGGUGGGACAUCUCAUUCAACAAAUAACGAACACCAACGUAGAGCCCACGAUAGAGAUGUGCCUCCUAUAUAUACCACCAGAAAACUUAACUAGGGCUCAAUGGGCAACUACCUACCACAUUUUAAUAUCAACCGCAAUGUUGAUAGCUAGAUUAUGGAAAUCCCCUUCUGCACCGAACUUCAGUACCCUCCUUAACCAAAUCAACACCAACUGGCAGUACGAAUCAAUGCUGGUACAUCAAAGAGGCCUAAAUAAAUCAAUGGCAAAAGCCAACUUGGUUUGGAAAGAAUACUGGGAGGCAAACAAAGCUGCUCACACCUUACCAAACCCCAAAAAUAACUCACCCGAAGCCCCAGUAACCACAGACACACUCAAAUGAGGCACCAAAAUAGUUUGAAACCCCACCAUGGCCCAAGCAAAAAGGGCUAGCCCAUAAUCUCCUACUCUUACGUUCAUGAGACAUAGCAAAUAACACCACUAUACAGUCAAAUGGAUUAGAGGAGAGGAGGUGGGGAGACUAACACCUAACACCAAUCACCAGUUGCGGGAGAUAGACUAGUCAAACACAGGCAUACUCCAGGAAAACAGAAACUAAAAGCCAACAGGAAACGAGUCAGGGAAUACUCAG